AUGGCCGACAUCCUCCGGAUGCUGGCCUGCUUCGACAAGCUCCAGGUGUGCUCCGAAACCUUCGAGCGUCUGGUGCGCCAGGGCCUGGGCUUCUUCGGCCUGCGAGUCCUAAUGGGCACACGCUGGCCAAUCUAUGAGUCGCUUCAUUCGGAUGUUUGGGACCGGGUGCCAAGAAAAGAAGAUGACCCGCAUGACCUUGCCUGCGAAGACCCUGGCAAGCAGAUCUUGAACUGGGCUGCCUUCAAGAAUGUCUUCGCCCUCAAAGACUGGUAUCAACCAUCCGUAGAUGUUGCCUAUGGGCCUGAACUGGAACAACAGUGGAGGGAAGCUGCCCGGGAAUGUCCCCUGGGUUUUGCCACGGCGAAUUUGGUGAAGGCCAUGCUCUGCUCGCAUACCGAGUCCGUUUGCUUCAGGGCGCAUGCGACGAUGCUGGGGGCGGUGCUGGAGGAGAUUUCGCUCCAGCAAGUGGCAGCAAGUGGAUGGCCCAUACUACGUAUGCUGGGCCAUGUAUCUCGGGUUGUGAGGCGACACAGGUUUCAGCUGGACUUCACACCCAGUGAGUUGCUGAUGAGGCCCCUUCCAGAUGGUCAUCAGCAAGUUGCAGAUGCCUCUGUUUCAAUGCAGGACCUUCAGGUGUGCCUUCCCAAGCUCCACGAGGCGGCUGACCGAACUGCUACUCGGCUGGGCAUUAAGGCUCUACC